UUCGGAAUAUUUGCCAUCUUCAUUUACUGUGUUGAAAGCGGUUGAAAAUAUCUAUUUAGGUAUACUUUUAAACAAAUGUGAAAAUAAAGUGACUUUUUGUGGAAAAUUAAAAAAAAAAUUAAUUACAAGUAUUAUAUAAUGGCAAAAUAUUGUAAAGGGCACUCGUGUAUUGCCCCCAAUUGUAAAUCUGGCUACAAGUCAGAAAAAAGUGACAGAAAAAUCCACUUUUUCUCGGUCCCUAUGGGAAAAGAAAAUUUAGAAAAGUGGCAAAGAGCAAUUUUGAGGGAAAAUUUUGCAAUAAGACCAGGGCAAGUAGUUUGCGAAAAGCAUUUUCGCCCAGAGGACAUCUUAUGGAAGCGAGAAGUUAAAGAUCCUAGCGGAAAGGUUAUGGCGUCUAUGGAUUACAAAAUUCCACGUUUGAAAAAGGGAAUCGUGCCAUCGAUUUUCCCAAAUUGCCCAAAAUAUCUUACAAAAAUUGUGAAAGAAAGAAAGCCACCAACUCAAAGAGAUAAAGAGCCCCUGAAUUCCACUCAUUCUUCAAACACGAAAUCUCUUGAAAAAGAUGAUUUAACAAAGGCAGAAAAUUUCUCGAGUAAUAGUAAAAUUUUAAGCCCUAAUAUUGAGGAAAACGAAGUAAAUAUGGAUGAUGGAAACAAUGGAAACUACGAAGUACCUAUACAUGAACCCACACUAUCCAGCUCUGUGCAUCACGAAGACUUAUCAGAAACUGAAAGAUUCGCCUUUUUUGAUUCUUUAAUCUCGUCAAAAAAUUCCUUUGACUUGCCGGAGACUUGGGUGCGCUACGACAUCGAUAGUGGAGAAAUUCGUGCCAUAGAAUUUUCGCAAUGCACCGCGAAAUUGAUCGAUGACAAAGUGAAAACUAUACAUCAUAAAAAAAUUAUUUUGUGUAGAGACAUGAGGGUACACACUUUAGUUAUGAAUUGUUCCUUAGAAAAUAAAACUGUUGGACUAUUGAAACCCUACGUAUCUUCUGCUGAAGUAGAAGAUGCCAUAAAAACUUUGCAUAAAUUGGAAAUUUGUCAAGGACUCGCAUCUCCAUCAUCGUUUAUUUGUAAUUCGACCACGUCAUUUACCUUCAAAGAUUCGAUAGGCACGUUAAGACAUAAUAAGUGUUCCCUCAUUUUAGAUCCGAGUGGAAAUAAAUCAAAACUUUGUCAAUCGUGCGAAAAGGGAAAAGUUACCCUGUCAAAAAAACAUCUUACGAUUUAGUCAAAAAGAUUUUCAACGAAUUGUUUUGAAAUUGAGUUCUUAUGUACUUUUAGGUAAUAAAUAGUAUUUUUAUAACAGA